AUGGCAUCCUGCGGUCUGAUUUCCGCGUCCCUUCGCGUCGCCCCGUCCCUUGCUCCCGCGACUGGUCUCCCCUCGGCUUCACGACCCUCCGUGAACAGCCAAUCAGCAUGCGCGAGGACGUCCGUGAUCCGCGUUCGCAGUAGCAUGAAGACGGAAUCUUCCGACUUUUCAAGGGGUCCCUCAUCUGUCAUUGCCAAGAUGGCAGUCCCCGCCGUGCUUGCCGCUCUCCUCGCCAUGCCGCUCUCCCCCGCAGCCGCGUCGGCAGCAGGAAUUAACGCCGUCGCCGUACUGACGGGGAGCUCCGGGGUUUCCGGGACCGUCACAUUCUCGCAGGAGGGAUCAGGCCCCACGGAAGUGAGUGCGACAGUGGCAGGGCUGACUCCAGGCCUGCACGGCUUCCACGUGCACAAGCUGGGAGACCUCUCCAACGGCUGCAUGUCCACUGGCCCGCACUUCAAUCCGGCGGGCAAGACCCAUGGAGCACCAGGGGAUAGUGAGAGGCACGCAGGAGACCUUGGAAACCUGGUGGCGAAUGAGUCUGGUGUGGCAACUGUGUCUCUGACUGACCUCCAGAUUCCUCUCUCGGGUCCCAACUCUGUUCUUGGCCGUGCUGUUGUCGUGCAUGCUGAUGCGGAUGACUUGGGCAAGGGCUCCAAGUCUGUCCUUGGCUGUGCUGUUGUCACGCAUGCUGAUGCGGACGACUUGGGCAAGGGUGGUGUUGAGCUGAGCAAGGCCACGGGCAAUGCUGGUGGCAGGGUGGCAUGUGGUGUGAUUGGAUUACCCAUUCCUGCUGGGAUGGCAGGAGACCUCCUUCACCAACUUCCCCGCGCCCUUUUGGAACGUCGCCGUCGGCCGGCCGUGCCCAGGCAACACCUCCGACCUGCCGUACGCGGGCGUCUCCUGCAACGACCAGGGCUACGUCAUCUCCGUGUACGUGCUUCGUCGUUCUCGUCGUCGCCAAUUCCCCAUCUCGUUGACUCGUCGAACGACUUGUCGUCUCGUCGUCUCGUCGCCGUCUCGUACUCUCGUCGUCUCAUCGCCUCGUCCGCUCGUCCUCUCAUCGCCCUGUCGUCCCCGCCCGUUCCUCCUCUUUUCCCCUCUCCUCUCUCCUCGUCGGCCCUUUCUUCUUCCUACACCCCCCUAAUCCACUCCACCUCUCGCGACCCCUCCCGACCCCUUCCGACCCCUCCUUUCCGCAGGGAUCUGAGCUACCCGUCGUUCCCGGCGGGCGUGCCCAAGCUGCAGGGUGGCUUGGACUGGAACAUCUCGGGAGUGCUCUUUCUCGAGCGCCUCUCCACGUGCCGUUACGGACAGCUCCACGUGCUGUUACGGACAGCUCCACCCGCCGCAGCUGGGCUGGCACCGAGUCUCAAGUCGCUGAACCUGGAGGGCAAUCAGCUGAACGGCACGCUCGACGACAUGCUCUGCUACCUCGACAAGCUCGAGUGCCUUCGACUCAAAAGUCGCCUGGAUGGUCAUCAGCUGAACGGCACGCUCGACGACAUGCUCUGCUACCUCGACAAGCUCGGAGUGCCUGUAAGCCCGGUUUCCCUCUUUACUUUGAAGCCCCUCAAAAGUCGUCUCAUUACCCGCAAUGCUCUGCUAAGCUCGACCCAACCCACCCACCCAACACUUCCUCCUUUUCCUCACCCAUUCACCCUCCCUCGGCUCUUGAUGUUUCGUUGUCUCCUCUUUCGUUGUCUCUUUCACCUAUUCCACCCUCCUGUUGUCCGCAUCGUCUCUCUCUCGUUCUUGUGCUCAUUCAUUCUCCUAACGUCGCCCCGUCCUGCCGUCGUUCCGUCCCUCGCAAUCGCAGCCAUCUCGCCAACAACAACUUCAGCGGAAACCUGCCCUGGUGCUUCAAGCGGUUCCCCUGCCCCGAUUUCAAUUUUCUUCACUAUUCUUUUCUACGUGUCUGGUUCCCUUCGCACGUGUCUGGUUCCCUUCGCACGUGCCUGGUUCCCUUCGCACGUGUCCGGGUUCCCCGCUGUGCUUCUCACCGCUUUCCCCCCCCCCCGUCCCCCACCACCUCCCCACCCCCACCCGCUGUUCUUCUCCCCGUUCCCUCUCCUCCCUCCCCCUUCCUCCCCCUCUCCCCCUUCUGUGCUUCUCCCCCCCUUCCUCCCCCUCUCCCCCUUUUGUGCUUCUCCCCCCCUUCCUCCCCCUCUCCCCCUUUUGUGCUUCUCCCCCCCUUCCUCCCCCUCUCCCCCUUUUGUGCUUCUCCCCCCCUUCCUCCCCCUCUCCCCCUUUGGUGCUUCUCCCCCCCUUCCUCCCCCUCUCCCCCUUUGGUGCUUCUCCCCCCCUUCCUCCCCCUCUCCCCCUUUUGUGCUUCUCCCCCCCUUCCUCCCCCUCUCCCCCUUUUGUGCUUCUCCCCCCUUCCUCCCCCCCUCUCCCCCUUCCUCCCCCUCUCCCCCUUUUGUGCUUCUCCCCCCUUCCCCCUCCCUCGUGUUUCUCCCUCCCCUUGCGCAGCUUCGCGGGCAACCCAUACCUGAACACCACCGGAUGCUUGAAUGUGACGUACAAGAGCUGUCCCAACAGCUACACGGCGGUCGCCGCGCCGCCGCCGCCGCCGGCCACGGGCUGGGCGUGGGAGCCGUGAUCGGAAUCGUCUUUGGCGCGCUCGCGCUCUUCGCGCUGGGCGUGGCGCUCUACUUCUACGUCCCGUCCUCUCAUCAUCUCGUUAUUGACAAGAGCUGUCCCAACAUCUACACGCCGGACGCAACUCCACCACCCCCGGGGGCCACGGGGCUGGGCGUGGGAGCCGUGAUCGGAAUCGUCUUUGGCGCGCUCGCGCUGUUCGCGCUGUGCGUGGCGCUCUUCUUCUACGUGCGCUUCAAGCAGGAGGAGAAACGCAAGCGCGAGGAGGCAGAGAGGCUGGCGCAGGACAUUGAGACCCAAAUCUCGACCUGUCGUGUUGGCACGCUGAGGCGGUUCUCAGUGGACGAGCUCUCAGUGGACGAGCUCUCAGUGGACGAGCUCUCAGUGGACGAGCUCUCAAAGGCCACCAACGGGUCUCAUGCCAACCCCUGCCCCCUUGCUCGACUGCCCCCAAAUCUCCACCCGUCACUUCGGCACUCUGAGGCGGUUUCAGUGGACGAGCUGUCCAAGGCCACCAACGGGUUUGAUGAUGACAACAUGCUAGGCGAGGGCGGGUUCAGCAAGGUGUACAAGGGCAAGCUGGAGGACGGCAAGUUCGUUGCUGUCAAGAGGAUCAAGUCGGGUGUCGCCUCUGGGAAGUACAAGCUCUUAGUUCGUUCAGAGGUGGAGCUGUCAGAGGUGGAGCUGUCAGAGGUGGAGCUGUCAGAGGUGGAGCUGAUCAGCCGAGCCGUGCACUGCAACCCUCUCGUUCUCCUUGCCUUGUUGCCUCUUGUCUGCCACUCGCAAGAGGAGAAGAAGUCGGGUGGAGAGCUCAUGUUCCUGUCGGAGGUGGAGCUGAUCAGCCGAGCCGUGCGCCGCAACGUCAUGCACUCAGAGGGCUUCCCCUCUUGCUCACCACCUCUUCGUUCCUCUCUGUCCUACCACCUCACGCCCACUCACCCUUGUGUUCUCACAGGAGAGAAGAAGUCGGGUGGAGAGCUCAUGUUCCUGUCGGAGGUGGAGCUGAUCAGCCGAGCCGUGCAUCGUAACGUCAUGCACUCAGAGGGCUUCUGUGUGGAGAAGGGCGAGUGCAUGCUCGUGCUGCCUUUCUAUGCUAAUGGCUCCGUGGCCUCCCGCACUCAAGGCAAGGAGGGUAACCCCAUGGACUGGCACACACGCAUGAAGGUGGCCCGCGGCGCAGCAGAGGGCAUCGCAUACAUGCACACCGACUGCAACCCGAAGCUCAUUCAUCGCGACAUCAAGGCCGCAAACGUGCUUCUCGACGAGAACGAUGAAGCAGUCAUUGCUGAUUUCGGGCUGGCCAAGGAGAUGGACGUGCAUGAGAGCCACGCGUCCACUGCUGUGAAGGGCACCAUCGGGCAUAUCGCCCCAGAGUACUUUGUGAGCGGGCAGUGCUCGGAGAAGACGGACGUGUACGCGUUUGGAGUGUUCCUCCUGGAGCUCGUGUCGGGCAAGGACGUGUUUGAGCUCACUCUGCCGCCCGAAGCGGAGGAGCUGCUGCUCAGGGACUGGGUGGCCAACAUGCUCCGUGACGGCAAGAUCCCUGAGUUUGUGGACAACGACCUGACGCGAUUGGGCUACGACGAGGCUGACGUGGCAAAGAUGCUCCAGGUGGCACUGCUCUGCAUGAAGCACGAUGCGGUGGAUCGGCCAACCAUGGAUGAGGUGGCAAAGAUGCUCUCUGGAAAGGCCCUGGCGGACAAGUGGGAGAAGUGGCAGGAGGAGGCGGCGAAAAUGUCUGGCGAGGAUGUUAUGGCGGUGGUUAACACGCCUGCUAUCUGGGAGAACACCACCACGGUAUCUCGCUCGAUGCUUUCAACCUGUCCGGGCCGCGUUAGUGUUUGGUGUGGUGGGGGCUGUUGUGUUGGUGGGGUUGGGCGGACUGGGGAGGGUGCUUUGUGGGAUGUUGUGGCUGGUUGUGUGGGAAAUGUUGCAAGUUUUGUGUCAUGUCACUUGCAGUGUUCGGUGGAUUCCGGUUGCUAUAUUAUGCAGGGAAGCUGCAUGGUCUAG